AUGACCCACUUGGCUUUAUCCGGGAAUAGACUAAUUGAUCUUGCAUUCUUACUCUGCUAUAUAUGCACCGACUGUCUAUUCUAUAGGAAGCUUAUAGGAGCAAGAUACUUCAGCAAAGGAUAUUCAGCAAGUAAUGGCAGUCUCAACUCUACAUUCAACUCGCCACGCGACACCGACGGCCACGGAUCCCACACAUUAUCCACAGCUGGUGGUAACUCCGUACCGGGGGCAAGUGUAUUUGGGUAUGGCAAUGAAACAGCAAGAGGGGGAUCACCAAGAGCUAGAGUAGCUGCUUACAAGGUGUGUGGGCCCCCAGUGGCUGGAAACGAGUGCUUUGAUGCAGAUAUAUUGGCUGCCUUUGAUUUUGCCAUCCACGAUGGUGUUGAUGUGCUGUCGGUAUCACUUGGUGGUGACCCAGUCGCCUUCUUCUUUGACAGUGUGGCCAUUGGAUCACUUCAUGCUGUUAGGCAUGGGAUAGUGGUUGUUUGCUCAGCGGGGAAUUCUGGACCUGCCAAUGGCACUGUUGCCAACCUUGCGCCAUGGCAGAUUACAGUCAGAGCCAGUACUAUGGAUCGUCAGUUUCCUAGUUAUGUUAUUCUUGGCAAUAAAAUGCAUCUCAAGGGAGAAAGCCUUUCACCUAAAGCAUUGCCGAACAACAAGUUCUUUCCAAUUAUUAGCGCUGCGGAUGCCAAAGCUGCUAAUGCAUCAGCUGCAGACGCAAUUUUAUGCAAGGGUGGGUCACUGGAUCCUAAGAAGGUGAAUGGAAAAAGUUUGGUAUGCCUUAGAGGGGUUACUGAUAGAGUGGACAAGGGUGAGCAAGCUGCCUUGGCUGGUGCCGUUGGGAUGGUUCUUGCUAAUGAUGUGCUUUCUGGGAAUGAAAUUCUUGCUGAUGCUCAUGUCCUCCCUGCUUCUCAAAUCAAUUACACCGAUGGUGUUGCUAUCUUCAAGUAUGUCAAUUACUUAAGAUAUAUAACAUGUCCAACAACUCAGUUACCCACAAAGCCAGCUCCAUUCAUGGCUGCUUUUUCAUCAUUAGGGCCAAACACCAUUAUCCCAGAUAUCCUUAAGCCUGAUGUCACUGCACUGGGUGUUAGCAUCAUAGCUGCCUACACUGAAGCACAGGGACCAACAAAUGAAGUUUACGAUACGCGUCGAGUCCUGUUUAAUUCAGUGUCAGGAACUUCGAUGUCAUGUCCUCAUGUUUCUGGCAUUGCUGGCCUUCUGAAGACCCUCUAUCCUAGUUGGAGUCCUGCAGCAAUAAGAUCGGCAAUCAUGACCACCGGUGAGAAUAGACUAGACUUAUAUGUUCUCAGACAACUGUUAAAGGAAAUUCCGAAAGUUCUCCUAAUGCGCUAG